GUCGGGACGGAGAGAGUGAUGCAGAGCCCGGCAAGUGAGGAAGGGGCAGGCAAGGGCAGAAUGAGUGGGCGACGUGUGGGCAGUGUCAUCCUCGUGGCCCUCCUCGUCUUCUACACCCUAGCCUUUGCCACAGGUACCGAGGUCAGGGCUGAGGCCGCCACCAGUCUCCUGGCCAUUGUCCCGCCAUUGGCUACGCUGUCGACUCUGGUCGUGCCGGCUCUGGCCCUGAUGGCGUUGCUGCCGCUGGCCAUUUUGGUGACCGGCGCGCGCGCGGCGCUCGAUACCAAGUCCGGCGGCGCGUUGGUGGUGUCAGUGACGACGCUCGCCGGCGCACUCCGGCUGACCAUGGCCGGACUGCUCGGCUAUGCCGGUCUUGCUGGCAAGGUCACUCUUGUCGGCGCGCUUGUCUUCCUUGCGCUGUACCAGCUGUUUGCGGGCGUGGCCAUGCUGCUGAGCGUGGAUCUUCUCGACGCCGUCGAUCCAGUCGGCGGCUUGGGCGAGCUGCUGGUUGCCGGCGUCUUUGGCCUCUCGGCGAGUGCUCUCUGCACUCACCCGCGGUAUGCUACGCCAGGCUACCGCCAUCCGUCAGACGCGGCAUCGGUCGGAUCGCUCCGCGACAUGAUGGUUGGUGCGCUGUGGCUCGUCGCCCUUCUCCCGCUCGUCUUUGCCUCGGCCGUGUCGGCCUCACUUGACGCUGCCACCCGCACCGCCAUCCACACGCUUCUGGCCUCGCUCGGCGGUGGCCUCGGUGCCGUCAUCAUCGAGCUGUGGAUGCUUCCCAAGCUCACGAUUCCGGGCGUUGCCAACGGGCUACUCGCUGGUGCCGUCACCAUUGCUCCGCUCGCCGGCUACAAGCUCAACGUCGGCCUGGCGCUCAUCGCCGGCGCCGUCGGCUCUGCUGUCGGCGCCCUCGCCCAGGCUGGCGUCGACGCCCGCUCGCCGGUCUGGCUCAUGUGGCACGACCGCUCCCAAUUGGUGGCCACCCUCGCAGUGCCAGGCGCCGUGGGUGCGCUCUGGUCCAUCGGCGUCACCUGGGCCUCGCGCUCGUCGGCCUACACGCCCGCCGACGCCGCAGCCCUCUUUCCGCACAACUCGUGGCAGCCGCUGUACCAGGCCAUGGCCCUCGGCAUCGCCCUCACUGCUGGCCUGCUCGGCGGAACCCUGGCAGGCUGGAUCCUCGCCGCCCUCCCGCGGCCAACCAAGUUUUUCCACGACUUGCCCAUGGUGAGCCUGCCCUCGACCGUGGUGACCACCCUUCGCCCAGACGUCCUGCCCGAGGUCGUCGCUUCAGCGCCGGCUCCGGCCAACCCGCACGACACGUCGACCGCCGCGAGCGCCGUGCCCGAGGAGAUGCCGUCAGAGUCGGCAGCACGCAAGGCGUUUGGCCAUCCGAGCUCCCGCCGCGGCGUUGCGCCGGCGUCUGAUGCCAGCCCCUCUCGCCGCGCCAGCCAGCCCAAGCCGAUGCGCCCCAUCACCCCGCCGCGGCCGAGCCGCCCGGUCCCGCUGCGGGACAUGGCGGCGUCCGAGCCAGCCGUCCCACUCCACUCGGCCCAUCAUGACGUCCGCGAACGCAGCAUGCAGUAG